GUCAACUGUUUUUGAAAAUUGUUAUAGCAGAAUACAGCUUAGACGUAAUUAGUUAUAUGAUGACAGAAUUAUGAUCGGACGAUGAGUUAAAUAUAGAAUAUAAAUUAUAUGUUGAGAUUGUUUAAAAUUAAUAUAAUAUAUCAAAAAAAUAAGAAAAAAUACUUAAAUUUUAAUCGUGCUACAGGCCUACAGCCGGGGUAUUGAUCUAGUUGUAUAUUAUUCCCUGAGGUAAAGUUUAAAAUAUAAUUCAACAAAUGAUUUAAUAUUAAUGUUUCAGAAAUUAUAUGGCUUUCUUCUUGUAGUUUCGAUCUUUCUCCUUUUUUCUCCAUACAUCGCUCUCCCUAUCUUAGAAUUUGUUCGAUCCCAGAGAUGCUUCGUUGGGCCCAUUUAACCGCAGGUAUUAUCUCCUUCGUUGUCCUCUCUUCUCUCCUUAUUGUCUUCCUCCGUCGCUGGUGCUGUCUCCGCCAACCACAGAUCAGCACAACCCUUAACUCGGCCAGUCCUUUUCGGAGCAAUAGCUUCCAGGCUAGAAUCUCAAAGCUCCACCAGACCAGUCUCGUCCACCAGCUAGAUACUUCUGACACCAAACGCAGAGGAAAUAUCAACAACUAUCCAGUCUCCCGCAGCAAAACGGGAGGAUUCCCGUUGAAGCCUGGUCUAUUCCUCUGGACGGAUCAUCCAGCUUUGGUGACCGAAGCGGUAGAGAAUGGUUGGACGAGGUUUGGAUUCCUUGUUCAUGCAACAGCUCCUUUGGUGACUGCGUCCUCCCCAGGAUCAGUUCUUUUAGGGCUUUGCACAACGGCAGGAAGCGAAAAUCCUGGUGUAGUGAUCACAUGGGAAGUCUCAAAUGGCUCCGUGGAAUUCACACAAACGAUCAAGUUUAAUCAAGCGUUGAAAGAUACGGUCAACGCAAAAAACCCUUUGAUGGUUCUGCGAGCAGCUUUACCACUUCCUGGACCACAACUUCUAAGUUCUACUUUCCCACAAGAGGCUUACUUUGAAAUCACAAUCCUGGAAAUACUCCAACGAAGCCGUGGUGGUAACGUAGGUUGUGACGUUGAAUUAGUCGAAGGUGAAAAAACCAAGUUGUUCAAGAGUCAAGGACUAAAACAUAUUAAAACAAGAGAAUGGGAUGGGGAAAAUGAAGAGGCAGUUUUGUCCCUAGGACUAGCGACCGGUGGUUUCUUCAGCGGGGGCGAGACACGACUACCAGGGAAGUUCUUGGCUUCCAUUGGGUUCCAAUCGGACGGUUCUGUUUAUCUUGAUGGAAUGAAGCUGGUUUGUGAAUCGGAAAAACAUGAGUGGGCGAAGGAAAACACAGUGGUUGGUUGUGGUUACGAUCCGAAGAAGAAGAAGGUUUACUUCACAGUUAACUCACACUUAGUUCACGUCAUUAAUUGUAAAGCUGAAGAGUUUGGGACACCUCUCUAUCCUACUCUUGCUUCCCAGACAGAGGCCACAGUAAUCGUCAACUUGGGACAAUCUCCAUUUUAUUACGGCCCAGCCAACGGGCAGCGCACACCCAACCCAUGUGCUGGUACUACAGCCGGGCUCGAAGACAGCAAGGAGCUGUUCUCCAUUGGAAGAAUAGAUCCUCGAUAUUUAAGCAAUUUUUUCAGUACUAGAGGAAAUAGUGAUGAGAUUGAAAGCGGGAGGACCACAGUGGGAAAUAGUCAUAGACGUAAGCUUGACUAUGACGAAGAUUCAGAUGCUGAUCUUUUUGAGAUUGCGCUUGAACGUUCUGUAAAACAAAAUCCAACAUAGUUUUAGAAUUGUACUCAUACAUUGUAUGCAUAUUGACAUAUUGUACAAAUAGCUAGUUAUUACAAGCUUGUAUACGUCAAUAAUCAUUGAUAUUCAACAGUACUGUUAUAUAUUGGCGGCCAAA